UUGUGCAGUCACGUGUGUGAAAAGACACCUUGUCUUGUCUUUUUAGGUUACGUUUUCUAGUGCCCUCUGGACAGUUUUAUGUCUCAUAGGCACUUUAUAGUGGCAAGCUACAAACAGAUUGCCUGGGGCAGUAACUGAUCAGAACACGAUGAAGCAGGUGCGCUUUGUCAAUGGCGGGGGCUCUGACAGCGAGGCUUUGGAGAGAGAGAGUGAAGCCGCAAUAAACAGCGACCCCCCGGUCCAACUGAAGCUUUUACCACUCACUGACCAAAUCCGUGAACUACAGACCAUAAUCAGGGACAAAACCACAAGUAGAGGGGACUUUGUGUUCAGUGCUGACAGACUGAUUAGACUUGUCGUUGAAGAAGGACUAAAUCAGCUGCCUUAUACUGAGUGCGUUGUGACAACUCCCACAGGACAGAAGUAUGAAGGUGUCCGAUUUAAAAAAGGCAAUUGUGGCGUCAGUAUAAUGAGAAGUGGUGAAGCGAUGGAGCAAGGCCUGAGGGACUGCUGCCGUUCCAUCCGUAUCGGCAAGAUUCUUAUACAGAGCGACGAGGAGACGCUCAAAGCUAAAGUAUACUACGCCAAGUUCCCUCCAGAUAUUUACAAGCGCAAAAUCCUGCUCAUGUAUCCCAUUCUGAGUAGUGGGAAUGCUGUUAUCGAAGCGGUUCGAGUGCUGAUCGAUCACGGCGUCCAGCCUUCACACAUCAUUCUCCUUAGCCUUUUCUCCACCCCUCAUGGGGUUAGGUCCAUAGUUCAAGAUUUUCCUGAAAUGAGCAUCCUGACCACUGAAGUGCAUUCUGUUGCUCCAACUCACUUUGGACAGAAAUACUUUGGGACAGAUUGAUUUUUCAUUUGGAGCAUAUAAAUCGGCCUUUAGGUAUUUCUGUAUAUUUCUGAUGGUGUUUGGAACUGAUUUGGGUAAUAAAGUGUUUAAAGUGCCUUAGUAUAUAUUGUUAUAUGUGCAGUGCAGGGUUAUUUAAUGCAGCGGUUCUCAAAGUUGACCCCCUCUCCUGUUUUUUUCUUUUUUUGCAUAUUUGUCACACUUAAAUGAUUCAGAUCAUGAAACUAAUUCAAAAGAAAAUACAAAAUCAUAGAGUAAAUACAAAAUUAUAGUGCCAAUACAAAAUUCUGUUAAAAAAAAGCUGUCCAAACCUGCAUGGCACUAUGUAAAAAAAAAUAUUUGCCCCCUAAACCUGGUAACUGCUUGUGCUACCUUUGGUGGCAACAACUGCAAAAAAGUAUUGGUGAUACCUGGCAAAAAGUCUUAAACAUCUCUGUGAAUGAAUUUUGAAACCCCUCUUCUUUGCCAAAAUGUUUUAAAUCGGCCACACUGGAGGGUUUUUAAGCACGAACAGCCUGUUUAAGGGUCUCAAUUGGAUUUACAGGGGUUGGACAAUGAAACUGCAACACUGGCCAAUUUAGUGUGGGUGGUUCCAUGGCUACAUUUGACCAGCCUGGCGGCCAAUUUUUAUUGAUUGCGCAUUCCACCAGUAAAAGCAGAGUGUGAAGGUUUAAUUAGCAGAGUAAUAGGACAGUUUUGCUUAAAAUAUUGCAAUGCUAUCUUUGUGAUGCAUCAGGAGCCACGGUAUGCAGGGUAAUGUCAGCAUACCACCAAUAAAAACUAACCACAUCCAACAGGAGUAACCGUGGAUGCAACAGGAAGCUGUCUGAAAGUCAGCUAACCCGUACCGUAAAAAAACAUAAAACCACAGCUGGCCAACUCACUGCGGAAUUAAAUUUGCACUUUAACUUUCUGUUUCCACCAAAACUGUUUGCCGGGAGCUCCACUGGGUCAAUGUACAUUAGUGAUGGGUCGUUCACAAACGAUACGUUCUUUUUAAACGAAUCUUUAAUGUGACUCAGAAAAAUGAUUAGUCUCGUGAUUUGUUCAUUUUCUACUGGAUGCGCAUGCACAAAUCACCGCAAAACCUCUGUUAUGUACAGGAAACAGAAUUAAGAGAUUCUUUCUCAAUGACUCUUCUACUCCGAGUCGUUUGUUCCCUUUGUCACGUGACUCCCAUAGAAGCUAGCAGUGCAGUACACAGAAAACAGAAUUAAACGGUUCUCCUCAAUGAGGCUUCAAGUCCCGAGUUGUUCGUUCUUUUGUCACGUGACUUCUUUAGACGCUAUGCAGUGCACUACACAGGAAACGGAAUUAAGUCGUUCGUUCCUUUGUCAUGAGACUCCCGAAGAAGCUAUACGGUGCAAUACUGUAGAUUUAAAAGAAUGGACGACUCAGACUGGAAGAUAUGAGAGGUGAGCUACACAAUCUGUUAAUUAUAAUAUGUUCUUAGCUGCAUUGUAAUAUUUACAUUACUGGAACUACAGUAUCGCCAAAAUUUGUGUAUGUAGACGUAUUGGGGAUCUUUUUAUUGAAAAUGCAACUUUUUUUUUUUCUGAUCAAAAGACCAAAUGACUAAAUGACUCAAAAAAAGGUUUGUUCAUUUUGAUGAACGAGAUUCAAAGAACCAAGUCACUAAAAUGAUUUAAACUUCCCAUCACUAAUGUACAUUUCCAGGCUGCUAUAGCCAAACCUUUGGUCACUCGUGCCAAUGCCAAACGUCAGUUUCAGUGGUGCUAGCAAAUCUUGCUGUGGACAAUGUGAAAGAUGUAUUGUUCUCUGAUGAGUCCACCUUCACUGACUUUCCCACAUCCGGGAGAGUUACGGUGUGGAGAAGCCCCAAAAAAUCGUACCACCCAGACUGUUGCAUGCCCAGAGUCCAUCAUGGGAGUGGAUCAGUAAUGGUUUGUGCUACAAUAUCAUGGCAUUCCCUAGGCCCAAUACUUGUGCUAGAUGGGUGUGUCACUGCCAAGGACUACCGAGCCACUUUGGGGUGUUUUGGAGAAGCGAGUCAGGGAACAAUUUCCUCCACCAUCAUCAUGUAGUGACCUGGCCACUGUUCUGCAAGAAGAAUGGGUCAGAACUUGUAUCUGUCAUGUCCAAGACGAAUUUAUGCUGUAUUGGCCGAAAAAGUAGGCCCUACACCAGACUAAUAAAAUAUUGUGGUCGAAAACCAGGUGUUUCAGUUUUAUUGUCCAACCCCUGUAAGUCCAGACCCAUUCAGAGUUAGACUUGCUGGUUGAUCUUGUCCUGCUGUAUAACACAAAUACUCUUAAGGUUGCGAACUAAUGGCAGGUCAUUCUCUUUCGGGACUUGCUGAUAGAGCCAGAAUUCAUAGUUCUAUUAAUUAUGGCAAGUCAUUCAGGUCCUGCAAAGCCCCAGACCAUCACACUACCAUUUUCGAUGUUAGUAUGAUGUUCUUUUUAUGAAAUGCUGUUUUUGAAAUUAUGGAAUUACACCAGAUGUAGCAGUUAAACUUUUGUCCCAUCAGUUCACAGAAUAUUUGCCCAUAAUUCUUGGAAAUAAUCAAGAUGUCUGCAAAUUUGAGACAAGCCUUUUGACGAGCCAUUGUCUUUUGGGUCAGCAAUGGCUUUUACCUUGGAACUCUCCCAUGGAUACCAUUUUUGUGCUGUGUCUCUUUCUUAUUGUUGAAUCAUGAACACUAACCUUAACUGAGGCAAGUGAAGCCUGCAGUUCUUUUGAUGUUGUUCUGGGUUCUUUUAUGAGCUCCUUGAUGUGUUGUCGGCGUGCGCUUGAAGUAAUUUGUCUGCAAUUCCCUUCUUUAUCCAUCCA